GCUGCCCCCACACUCCCCCUGAUGAUUUCCCAUUUCGUAUGCGACGCUUAGAAGCCACUUCGGUGACGUGAUAGGUGCGCAGAUGUGCGGAUUUCUCUAUGAAAGAAAAAAGCAGUUUCGGGAUGGCGAUCUGAUCCUCCCACUCCUUCCGCACGACAUUCAAACACACAGCGCUAUGUUGCAUCUGCUCGGAGUCAACUUGCCCGACCAAAAGUUGGUGCAAUACGCGCUUCCCUUCUUCUACGGCAUUGGCCAAAAGACCUCUCUCAAGAUCCUUGCUACUCUUUCUAUCCACAAGAAAUGCAAGAUCUCUGAUCUUUCCGAGCCCCAAGUGAACCAGCUUUCGUCCUUGCUCUCGGACAUGACGAUCGAGUCUGAUCUCCGCAAGCAGAUCCGCGCCAACAUUAUGCACCAUCGUACAAUUGGAUCGUAUGUGGGCCGUCGUCAUGCCAUGGGACUGCCUGUUCGCGGACAGAACACGAGAAACAACGCAAAGACUGCUCGCCGAUUGAACGGAAGAUGGAUCAAGGGAGAGAAGAAGGAGUACUCUACGACAGCAAGGUCUAUUAUUCCAUCGGCCGAUGCGCCUUUCGAGAAUUUCUUCAACCGCAAGUGGUUCUAGAGAAUCAAGCAGCUUCAGCACUCCACGUUAUUCAUCAUAGACCAUUGCCGAAUAUGCUCCAUCGUUCUUAGUCACAGCACUCCUUCUGUGUUUUAUCCUCACUCCUUGUAUAUCUAUUCCCUGCAUUUCGCAAUAAAUCAUCGAAAUAAGCACAAUAUCAUUAAUCGUUUCCUAUCGCCCAGCGAUAUCUGAACACAGCGGUCCAUUAGUCGUUGAGACCUCGCUAGAAAGUCUCAGAUCUCUGGUCUCAGGCACGGUAUAGUUUUUUAAUGGCUUUUUCAUUCAAUACCUUUGCUACCAAUCUGCACUCGUACUAUCAUACUCCAAAAAAAAAUAAAAAUAAAAAGCAAAUUACC